GGUAGGUAUUUUGUUUUGUUUUUUAUUUAUGUUUUGGUUUUGGUUCGCGAAAAUUCAAAAAUCAAAUUCCAUUCUAAGUCCGAAAGAUGUAACAUAUUAUCGAUGACACCCGUUGGUUUGGCGAAUAUCGAAAUGACUGCUCCGCAAGUGGUCGACACACAGGACGUGUGCGCGUCAGAUCCAAACUUUGCUGUUAUAUUUGCCUUCUGUGAACGAUUUGGUGACAAUUGUGGUAUUGCUAUUCCUACUUUCCAAGAGCUACAAGAGAUGUUGGAGAACACCACCGAAGGUAACUAUAUUCAUAAAACUAUAUCUUUCCAGUGUAUAUUGUAUUUAUGUACAACAUUCGAUUUUAUGACAAUAUUUCAUACGUAUCGUUAUAUGAAUUUCUUAAUAUGACCCAUUGUUUGUAUUGAUUCAAAAAUGUAACUCUGUUUUAAAUUGAUUAUCUUAAUUUAAUUUAUAAUUUACAAAUCUACAUAUUCGUUUGUUAAUCUUAAUACUUGUUUUUGAAAAGGCUUAACAAUAUACACAAUUUCUUAAGUACAUUAAUACUUGUGUUUAAUAUUACAUUAAUAAAUAAAUUAAACACUAAGUACCUAUACCUACUAGUUUUAAAUUGUGUAACCAUAUUCUAAGUGUAUCUAAAGAAUUAGAAAACACUAACACUGGGUUGUUUUAUUAUUAAGUGUUCAAUAAUUUGUUUGCUAUUUUAUAAUUUAUCUUCUUGCAUUGAAUCUACCAAAAAUAAAUAUGACUCUAAAUGAUAGUUCAUCGCAUCGUUUGUAAAUUCUAUGUUGAUAUCAAUUUAGAAGCCAUGUUCAGAAAUGGGUGAAUUGAUUUCGAACAGUUAAUUCUUAGUAAAUUUUAGAUUUUGAAUGUAGUAAAGAAGCUAAUAAAUUAUAAUUACUGAGAUAUGUUUUUUCUUGUAAAACACUUUUUUGAUUAGUUAAAAUGCUCUAAAUUAAUAAUUGCAUUAUACUUUAAAAAAGCUGUUCUAGGAUAAUGGGGACAGGUGCAGCCACUGCUGUAGGUGGGUAAUUGAUAAGGUAGGAUACAGAAGGGAAUUGUAUGUAUAUCUUUAAGCAAUAAGCAACAAUAAAUAAACUAUUGCUAAUGAAAAAACAAUUCUGAAUGGAGUAAUGCUUUGUGAAUAAUGUAUUUAUCAUAUUUUGGUAAAAUAAUUAAAUAAGCAUUAUAUAUUUUAUUUAAUAAUAUUUGUUCAAUAUUAUAUUGAUUUUCCUUUUUUUCCCCAUGUUUUUCUCGGUUAUUCGCAUUUGCUGGGAAAACUCUUUGGAAAAUCGAAAAAUAACCUCCUUAAAGUAAAAAAUUUCCUUUCAGAAAAAGGUCUACAGAUAGGUAGACAGGUAGAAAAAGUGUACACAUAAAAAAAAAACAUCUUUUUAAAACCAAUACAUUCUUUGCUACACUCAGAGUCUAAGAUGCGGAUUUUAUAACUGGGGGUGGAAACAAUUGCACAUUAAAAGUGAUAGGGAAGUGGUUGAAAACAGGGAGAUAUGUUUUUAACGUUAAAUUUUGUGUGUGUUCAAUACUGUGCAUAGGUAAAGUUAUGCGGUAUAGUUAUAGUACUAUUAUAGUGUAUAGUAGAUACAUUUUAUAUAUAUGUACAGAUGUACAUUAUUUAUAAAAAGAUGGGUUAGUUCCUUGCCUACAUUCUUACUGUGCGAGUAGAGUUCUCAUGUUGUACAACAGGUUUGUAUUGGUUGUAUCUGUUCCAGUGUUAUGUGUAUUGAAUUGAGUAUAACUAGUAUUUAGAAGUAAAACUCACAUUUUUAUCGGUAUUGUAUUAUAUUUGUAUUGUAAAUAUAAAGUUUUUUUAUGGAAAAAGUUUUUUUUACUCACAAAAGCCAUAACUGAAAAAAUAUAUUUUUAACGAAUCAGGGUCAAAGAUAAGUAGGUAAUAAUAAUAAUAUACAAAGUAGCUGUGUUCAUGAAUAAGCCUGUUUAUUUCAUGAAAUAGACAGCUUUUCUUAAAAAGGUCAAUUUCAAGUGAUAAUGAUAUAUAUAUGUUAAGUGCAAAAUUUGAAGUCUGGUAUUGUGCACAAUGCACAAUUUUUAAGGGAAAAGUUGGAAUAAGUUUACAUUGACCUGGUAUUGUAUACAGUACCUAACUAAAUUUAGUCAUUGUAGAUUAAAAAUUAAAAAUAUUUAAAAUAAAAUAAAACAUCCUACUAGGUACUGUAAUGAACAAAAACUGGCAAUAGACGUCUUAAAUAUUAUUUGCCUCAUAAUAAUUUUAAAAACUUUUUUCCAUCGAAUUAUUUAUUUAUUAAUAAAAUAUAUUGUUAGGUACCUAGUAUUAUAUUACUUUGUAUUUAUUAUUACAUACAUUAAAAUAUUGAAUAAAAUUAAUAAUAAUAAAAAUUAGAUAUUCGUUCCUAAAUUUAAUAGGUAUUUCGUGAGUUGUGAUGUCAAACGAAUAAAAAAGUAUGUAGGUAUAGGUAAUUAUUACAUUUAAAUUUUAUUUGAUAUAAAUGUACCCACUUGAUUCCGGGCAUUGUGCACAGUGACCGGGCACUCGUAGAAUGCCCGGUCAAUGUAGUCAAACUUGGAGUAUUAAACAAAUUGCCCAAAUGGUUGUGCACUGUGCACAAUGCCUGGAUUUCUUAUUUUUCCUGUAACAUAUAUAUAACUUCAUUAUUUUUAAAACUUGGUAUAUUUUUAUUUCUUUUUAGAUUUUUAAAGGUACCUACCUAUUUUUGGAUGGGUAUUACUUAUUUAUAAGAUUAUUUAUUCAAAAUUAAAUUACAAUUUUGUUUGAUAUAAAUGUGUCUAUUUUGUUUAAAGUUCCAGAUGCUUUAGUCGAUUUACAUAUUAAGUUAUUGCGCAGAGUCAAAAAAAGUGUACAUGCAGAUAAAUGGGAAAGAGCAAUUUUAAAAUUCUGUCAAGGUUAUUCGAUACCAGGAUUUUGGGAACUAGAACAUAAUGGAUACAAAGGAAUUUCUAUACAGUUAAAAUUAAGGAUUUUAAAAGUACUAUUUUUAUUUUAUUAUAUUUUAUAAAAAUAUACUACGAUUUUAAUAUUUUUAUUUGUUUUCAGACCCUUUUUGAAGCACAGUUUGACAGUAACGUAAAAUUUAAGGCUGAAAUAAAUAAACUUGAGAGCUCUAUGCUUCGUUCUCAACCAUUAGGUUGGGAUAAGUCAGGCACAUCAUAUUGGGUGCAAUUUGAUCGAGCUUUUAAUCUUCGAGUUUACAAAGAAGACAGUGAUGAAGAUACAUGGGAAAUUGUGGCAAAGUAAAUAUUUGUGUUUUUCUUUUUUAAAUUUUUAUGUGUACUAAAUUUAUAAUUUUUCUAGAGACAGAAACAGCUUAGUAAAUCUUAUAAAUAAAUUGUCUGGUGCCAAAGACAAUAAUCUUAAUGAAAUUGAUGACAGCAGUAGUGUUGAAACUGGUUCAGAAGUAGAAAUUGAUCUGUCUCAAAAUUUAGAUCAAUCAAAAUGUUCUCCCACAUUAUCAAAUGCAAUUAUUAAAAUUGAAAAUCACAAAAGUGAAAACAGUAUUAAUGAGUCUAAUGUUGAAUCAGAAAAAUCUUUAUAUGAUUCUAAACAAAGUUCUCUUGAAAAACCAAUUAAUUUAAAAAGAAAAUUUGAAGAAAAUUUAAAUGAAGAAAACAGUUUAUCUAAUAAAAUUAUGGCUCCUAUUGUUGGAGAAGCAAUUGAAGAAUCUGUGAUAAUUGUAAAAGGAGAAGGUUCAGGAAAAGAAUGUGAUACUGGUAAUCCUGAUGAAACAAAUACUCAAAAUGAAACCACUAAAAAUGAAGAUGUAAAAAAACCAAAACUAUGGAGUAUUGAAACUAUUUGUAGUUCAUCUAAAGAAGUGCGAGAAGAUAUUGUUUCUGUUCCCAAAACAGGAUUUUUUUUUGGUGAUGAUUCUGUACCAUGUUUAAAUAAUGUUUCUAAUGGAGAAAGUUCUCAUGUUGAUAAAAAUAAGUUAGAAGUUGAGUCACCAAAAGAAAAUGAUGAGUCAAAGAAGAUUAAAAAAUAUGAAGAAGCUGAUUCUACUUUAUCAUUAAAUAUUGCCAAACCUUUAAAUAAAGAAUGUAUUACUAAAAAUGAAGACGAAUUGUCAAGCAAAAAAUCUUCAAAACAAUCAGUUUUUAAUAUUAAAGUACACGAAGAAGAAGUACAAAUCACAGAAAGAAAUGUCAAUGAAGUUUUUAGAACAUCAGAUUCUAAUAUACAUAAGACAAAUACAUAUGAAUCACUUGACACACUUAGUAAAUCACAAGAUUUUCAGCCAAAUAGUAAAUUACAAGAAUUUAAAACUAAUGAGAACAAUCCUUUACAUACUAGUGGUCAAGCUAAUAUUUGUGAUACAGUUGGUAGUAAUUAUCAAAAUAAAACUGAUGAAAAUAAUGUAAAUAGUGUUAAUAAAGAAAUAUUAUAUCAAAUUAUUAAAGAUGAUACAUCUAAUAAAAAACCAAUGGAUUUGGCAAAUUAUGAUAUAAAUAAAGAUAAACAGUUAGGAAAAGAAGACAACCUUGAUGUAAAAUCAAAAGAUAAUAGAGAGAAUAAAACUAAACCUUUAUUUGAAAAUGAUCAACAUUUAACAACUAAAUUAGUUGAUCAAAUUAUCAAAACUGAUGAUGAUGAUUAUUUAAAAAUGAAACAAUCUCUAUGUAAAAAUAACCAAAGUGAUGAGAAAAAAAAAUACGAAAAAGUUAAAACAAAUGAAUCAUUUACAAACACAAUAAACCAAUGUGAUACCAUAAAUGAACAACAAAGUACUGAAAUAUUAGAACAAAAUCGAUGUUCAUUAAAUGAAUCAUCUCAAUCAAAAGUCCUGGGUAUUGUAGCAGAUAAUCAAAUACAAAAAAAUUGUAAUGUUAUUGACUGUAAAGAAGUUAAUGAUAAAGAGAUUGAUCAAAAGUUAUCAGAAAAUGAUAAUGCAGAUCUUCAAACUAUUGAUUAUUCAAUAAAAAGAUCUAGUGGUAAUAGUAGUAAAACACAUGAUCAAAUUGAAACGGAUAAUGUUGAUUUUAAAAUCACUGAACAAAUAGAUGAUAGUUAUUGUCCAAAACAUAAAAACACAGCGCAUAACAUUAGCAAUAUUAUUGAAACCAGUGCAGUUGUUAGUGAUAGCAUUAAAAUUAAUGAGAAUGAUGAUAGUAAACAACUAGAAACUUUUCAAAUUAAAAAUGAAAAUAAUUUUGUGAAACAUGUUUUUCAAAAAGAAAAUAAAUUAAUUUUGAAUAAAGAUUGCCAAAUAGUUUCUAGUAAACAUAGUUUAGAUAAAAUAUUACAAAAAUCAGACCGUAAUAAGGAUGUGUGUAAAAAAGAUCCAACUAAAGAGUUCAAAUUAGAUGAUCAACCUGAUUCUUCUAAUAUUGAAAUGAACAACAUAUGUACAGUAAAAUCUGAAAUUAAUAGUAAUGAAUUAGAAGCUGAAUGUUCGGAUACUUCGAAUAAUUUGAUUACAGUAAAAAGAGAUGAACCAAUUGAGGAUAGCAACAAUAUUGCUCCUGAUACAACAAGUGUAUGUGAAAAACAAAAGGAAUCCAUUAUUACAAUUACCGAAGAGCCAAGAAAGUCAGAAAGUGAUAACAAUUUUGAAGAAUCUACUUCAAUUUUUACAAAACAAUGUGAACAAAUAAAACAGGUAUGUGUAGAAGUAAGUUCCACAAAAAUUGAAUCAAAUUUAGAAAAAAAUUUAGUAAGUAAAAGGAAAAAAGGAAAACGUAAAUUAAUGCAUAUUGAAAACAAAAUUGAUCCUUGUGAAGAAAAAUUACAUUCAGAACCGUUAAAAAAUAUUCCCUGUUUUGAGGAAGACGUGCAAGAUUUAUCUAUGCAUGGAAAUUCAUCAAAAAUUGAAGUUUCAAUGGUAAUAGAUGAAAAAAAUAAUGAAGACCUUUCACAAGAUGGUAAGAUUUAAAUUAAAUUUUAUGAUUAAAUACAUAUACAUAAUUUUAGGUGAAUAAUUAAUAUAUUAUAUUCUCAAUUGUCACAAUAGUGUAUUUGUGUUGGAAUCUGUAUACAUUUGUUUUAAAUAAGUGGAUAUAUUAUUACUGUUAAUGCAAUUUAUACAGUUUAACAAAAAUGAUUUUAGAAGCUAAUACUAAAAUAAAUAUAUAUACAUAGGGGGUGGUACAUAGUGUAAGAUAUUCAUUAUGAAAAGUAUUAUAUUUUUUCUUCAUAACUUUUUAUUUUUGUAUAUUUCAAACAUAUAGCUUUUUUUUAUUAUUUUACAAAAUAUAUUUAUUUAUUUAUAUAAAAAAAAAACCAUAAAUCACAUUUAAAGUAAAUUUGUUUAAUCGCUUCUAAUGAAAAAAAUACAUUUUUUAAAUUUCAAUUUGGUGGAUAUGUCACAAAAAAAAAAAUUGUUAAGAAAUAAACCUUGAUAUAGAUUCUAAUCAUUAAAAAAAAACCUAAUAUAUUGGUUAUUAGAACUCAAAUCAAAGUAAUAGUAUAGAUAAAAGAUCAUACUUAUUAGAAUACUGUUUACCUAUAUGUUUAGAACAUGUUGAAGAUCAAAAAGAAGAAGGUUUGGAGAUAACUUUUAAAGAAAAAUCUGUUAAUUUUUCAAUUCCUAAGGAUGAAGAUGAUAGUGUUGAUGAAACUAAUGAAAAUACAAUCAUUGGAAGUUGUAUGUAUAAAUAGUUUAUUGUAAUUAGGGCUUUAGAGAUUUCAUCACUUAAACUAUUUUCUACUACUACUACUACUACUACUCAUAAUAAUAUGUAGAUUGCUUUAUAAUAAUAGAUAUAAACAGACAGAGUGAUCUUUCAGAUGAUAUAAUGUAAAUAUUUAUUGAAAAAGUGGUUAAAUAUGUCAAAUGUGCUAUAAUAUGCAUAAUUUUAUAAUUAAUAAAAUAAUUUAUAUUCAAAAAAUGAUUGUAAAAAAUAAAAUAAAUACAUGCAUUAAGUGAUUACAACAUAAUCUUCUCCAAUCUCCACUAUUCAAAUAUUAAUAUUAAUAUUUUCAAAUUUAAUAUAUCUGAAAUUCUUGGAAAACAAUACAAAUAGACAAAAUAGUUAAAAUUUAAGAGGACACUGCACCAGUAUUUGUAGUCCACAUCUAUCAAACGAGUAAUAUAGCAUAAAUGUGUUUUCGUAUUUCUAAUUGUAGGUUCUAUUAGACCUAAUAUACAUUUUUUCAUUAAAUUAAUGAUAACCACAUUUACUAUGUUUUAACCUGAUUUUUUUUUAAAUUUUCAUUAUCAAAAAAUUGUUUUAUAAGUUUUCAAGUAGGUAUGAUAUUAAAAAAGACAGAUAUACUGCGCAUGAUAGGGGGGAAACUGUUGUUGGUGAGAAGUUGGGAAGGUUAGAGACAUUUAAUGUAUUUUUGUAUGCUACAAACAUUGCUAACGAAAAACGAUUGUGAAAGGGUUUGGUUUUACAUGUUUUAAAAGUGCAUAAUAUUUAUCCCCUUCAGUAACUUUAAAAACAAUUUUACCCUAUUUUUUUAGUGACAUCUUAAUGUCUCAAAGUACCAUAUUACAAAAGAAUUGAAAAAAAAAAAAAAAAAUUGAAAAACUCAAAUACUUAAAAUAUGGUGGUUUUCACAUUUAAAAGGUGGUUUCAAUAAAACACCACUGCAACUCAACAGGUUAUGAUUUUCAUUAAAUUUUGAUAUUAAAAUUCUUUUAUAAAAAAAUAUUACAUUAAACUCAACUUAUAAUGAAACUCCUGAUAAAUUUUCAAGUUUCUGUUUGGUUAAUAAUUUUAUUUAUAGAGUAUCAAAUAAAUAUAAUGUAAAAAGCCCUCGAAAUUAAAACUUCUAUAAAGAGUUCAAAAAUGGAUUAAAUGUUUUAAACAUUUCACCACGUUUGUAAAAGUCAAAUAUAAGGUGUUUGUUGAAAAUUCAAAUCUCUACAAACAUUUUUAACCAAAUUGCACAACAAAUCAAAAUUUAAAUAAUAAAAGUAUUAUUUUCAUAUAUUUUCCUUUUUUCCCAAUUAUAUUGAAUACUGCUUCUAUAAAUAAUAUAAAAAUAACCUUUCUAGAGUAUUACUCUAGGAAAAUUUCCUUUCAGAAAAAAUGUCACACUUGAAAAUCGGAGCAAGAUUUCUGGUAGAAUUUUUGUAACAAAACUAUAGAAAAAAUUAGUAAAAUACAAAAUAAACAUCAUUGUAAAAUCAAUAUAUUCUUUACAUUGAUUAAAAUCUAAAAUGUCUUUGUGAAAACAUUGUAUAUUUACAAUUCUUUAUUUUGAUGUAGUUAAAACAGAAUUUAAACAAGUGCAUAAGUUUUCUUAGGGAGAUUUUCAGUUAAGAAGAUUUUAAAUUGCAUGGUAUUGCAAUUUGGAUACAGUGCCUGCAUUCAAAACCUUUGUUUUCUUUCUAUAAUAUUAUGAAGUGUUAAUUUUUUUGAUAAUGGAAAAUUUAAUGCAAAUUUAUAAUCGUUGAUAAACAAGUUUUUUCAAAAAAUAAUAGUUUGAAAAUCGCGAGGUGUUUAACUAGAUUUGCUCAUACUAUUUUAUCCUGAAAUCAGGUUUGGCCCAGUAACACAUAACUUUUAUAAUUAUAAUUACUUGGUUUAUAAUAGAUCAAUAUGUGUGUAAUCUUCAACUUAAAUUAAUUAACUAAAUAAAUUUUAUAUUAUGUUUCAUAUUUAAGCCAAAGAUGAGCAUAGCAAUGGUGAUGAAAAGAUAGAUCAUCUCAUUGAAGAUAACAAACAAAUUGAAGAAGACUUUGAAGAAAUCCCAAAAAAGAAAGGGAAACCAACUGUUCGAAAAAAAGGUAAAUAUUAUUUUUAAUAAUUAAUGUACAUAUUUUAUUUGUUUAAUUAUAUAUUUGAAUCAUUAAUUUCUGAUAGGAAAAAGAGGACGGGCAAAACAAACUACUGUAAUUAAACAGGAAAGUAAAAGUAACACGGAAGAAAAAGUAAAAAGGACAUACAAACCUCGUCAAAAGAAAGGCAAAUAUUAUUAUUUUGUUGUAUUUAAUAUAUUAUAAUACAUUUUAAUUUGUAUAAAUAUUUUAUGCACCUUCAACAGUUGUUACUAUAGCAGAGGAAGUAAUUAUUUUACCAGAGCCAGCUGGUGAUGAUAAUAUACGUCGGUCUAGACGUAUUGCUGAGAUUAAAAUCAAAGAACAAUUUUCUCCAAUUGCACAAUAUGAUGAUGUUGAUAUUCCACUAAAAAAUCCAAAGAAAAAAGAUAAAGGUGGAAAGAAAGGAGGGUAUACUUCUAAAAUGGUACGUUUUAAUUUAAAUGCCUUUCUCUACUAACUGCUACCAAAAAUAUCACGUUAAAUGCAUUUACCAAAGAUUUGAUUUUUUAAAUUUAAGUGGAAAAAAAGACUGAUUUGCAUGUUGGGUGGGCCACUUUAUGGGUGAGAAUUUAGGAAGGUAGGAUAUAGAGGGGAAUUAAAUUUAUAUCUGUACACAACAUUAAACCAUUGCUAACAAAAAAUGAUUCGGAGGGAAGUUUAUUUUAUAUAUAUAUACAUAAAUUUUAAUUUUGUUAAAGUACCAGCCAGAUUAAAUUAUUACAAUUGAAUACCGGAACAAGAUUUCUGGUAGAAAAGUUGUUCACAGAUAAAAAAAAAAAACAUUGUUAAAUAAAUACAUUCCUCACUAUGCUCCGAAUCUAAAAUAAUUUUAAAUUUAAUAACUUAAUUUUUAUUGAUAAGAAAUAUAUAAAAUAAAUUAAAUUUUAAAAUUUAAAUUGUUUAUUAAAGGUUAUUAGAUUUAUUACACAUUCUAAUUUGGGUAUGUUUUUUUUAUUAUUUUUUAUUUAUUUUGAAGUAUAUUAAAUAAAAAAGUUUUUACUGAAUUUUUAGAUGUGUUAUUAAAAUGAAAAUAUAAAUAUUUGUGCACUUGAAUUUUUAUAAAUAUAUUUUUUUAAAUAGUCAAAUACUUUUGAAAAAGUAUGUAUUUUAUAUUUUAGUUUUUAAAGGUGCAUCUGAAUUAAAACAAUUAUUAUUAUUGUGAUAACUAGUAACAAUAAAAAUAUACCCUAAAAACCUAUUGAAUAUGUAUGCAUCUAUGUCAUACAAAUUACCAAAAUAUGACCUAAAAAACAAAAUAUAAAUAAAAUUAAUAAUAAAUUCUUAUACUAAUUUAUUUUAAUAUUUUAGACUUUUCGUACUUUAUACUGUAAAGGAUUUAUACAAAAAUUAUUUAAGUGAAACAAAGUAAUAAAUAAUAAAUAUCUAAAAUUUGGAUACUAAGUAUAUUAUCAGCUUGCCUGUUGAAUGCUGAUAUUUAUAAAUCUUGAAUAAUUAUUUUGUGAUUCUCGAUUUGACGAGUUGAAAAUAUCUUAUAAAUUUAUAAAAUCCUUGAAAUAUGCUCUUAGUUGAGUUGACAUAAAACAUUGUAGACUUUAAAUAUGUUUAUAUAUUUUACAUAGAUUAAAAAUGCUGAUGAAUCUGACAAUGACGAUGAAGAUUUAAUUUCAAAAAAGUUUAAAAAAAAAAAGAGAAAGGGGAAAUCAGAUUCACAUAAAAAGAUCAACCCUAAAAGUCCUUGGACUGGAGAUUCUGAGUCUAGGUAUGUUUUUAAUUAAUUUUUUUUUUUUAUAAAUGAUCUUUAUAGCAUAUUUGUUGCAUAGUGAUAGAUUUUACAUUGAUUUAUAACAGAGGAAUAAAAUUUAAAUUAUUAUAUACAGUUCUAAUACAUUAGAAUCUUUUAGAAAUUCUAUUAUUAGGUUUUUAUAUAAUUUUUUUAAAUUAAACUUUUUAUGAAUUGAAUAUUGUUCUAUGGUUGUGUGAUUUGUUUGUCUAUUGAUAUUACACCACAUAAUUGUAAUUGUUUAAUAAAUUAUCUAAUGAAUCUUUAAUAUUAUAGUACUGUUUGGCAUGAUUUAAUAAAAGUCCAUAGUUUCAUUUGAUAAUAUUACUUAACAUAGAAAAAAAACAUUUUUUAGUACAUACGAGGUCUGGCUAUUAAAUAACGAGACUGCUUAUGAAAAAUGGUUUUAUUUUAAAAAUUAUUCCACAAUCAAAUGUUCCCCUUCAAUAUAGACCAUUCAGGAGUUCCGCCGGUUUUUGUUUCACAUCUUCCAUCGACUCAAACCGGAUUCCUUUUUAGGCAGACUUUAUCUUCGGAAACAAGUAAAAGUCGCAGGAUGCCAAGUCGGGUGAGUAAGACGCGUGUUCGAGUACUGGAGUGCCUUAAGCGGCCAAAUAACGCUUUACAGACAGCGCGUUAUGGGCAGGUGCGUUAUCCUGGUGCAAGAUCCACGACUUGUUUUUCCACAAUAUCGACCGUUUCUUAUGAACUCAUUCGCGCAAUAUUGCCAAAACUGUCAAAUAGUAAUGUUGGUUCACAGUUUGACCCUCUGGAACCCAUUCAGUCAUCACGAUGCCGUUGAUAUCGAAGAAAACGAUCAGCAUGGUUUUGAAUUUGGAUUACGACUGAAUUGGAUUCCGGUGCACUCUUGACCUUCAGAAAAUAAUUUAUGCUACUCAAAAACACGCGCCCGAGAUAGGAAAUCCUCACUAUAGGCCUCUUUUAACAACUUAUAGCACUCAGUUGGAGUUUUUUUUAUUUUAACAAGAAAAUUUUACUUUUAUCCGUUGCUCAUGUUUUUCGUCAUACAUCGUUUUCGGCAAGAGAAAAAAACAUGUUCGUUUCUAAACGCUACAAAAAAAAAUACUAAUGCACUAACUAAAACCCAAUUUUGUACUGGCAUAAUAGACACUUCCAGCUAACCAGCGCUCUAUUCAGUUUUCUCCUAAUCUUUUUGGAAUGCUUUUUGCGCGCGCAGUCUCGUUAUUUAAUAGCCAAACCUCGUAAUUGGACAUUUUAGAUACUGUUAUCAAAAUGAAACUGUUUAAGGGAACUAUUUAUUUAAGAUAUUUUCCUUCUGUAGUAAAAAUAUUGCUUUUUGACUGCUGAGUUUAUAUAUUGUUUUAACAUAAAAAGGACUGCAUUUGCAUAGAUUUACAUCAUUUAUGUUGAUAUUUGAUUCUGAUGAUGAAUUUUCCGCUUUAUACAAAAAACACAUACAACUAACAUAACUUUAAGAGUUUAUAACUUCUGCUUUUGAAACUAAUGUUGCAAAUAUUAAUAUUAUUUAAAUUAUUAUUAUUAAGAGUAUAUUUGUAUUAUAUGUUCAAGUAUAUAUUUUAAUAUUAAAUAAAAUGUUUAUUUAUAAAAUAUCAUAUGUUUAAAAAAAUAGCUCUUCUGAAAAUAACAUAGAAUUAUUUGAAGACUAUGAUCAUGAAGAAGAGGAUGAGAUUCCAAGACCUGGAAUUGAGCCGAAUGUGUCAGACCAUGAAUUUUCUCCAGAGUCUGAUAUUAAUGAUGACGAUGAAGAGUAUUUGCCUGAAAAAAGAGCACGUACUGCUCAUAAAAAAGGUUAUUAUUAUUUACUUAAAAUUAUAAUGUGUACUGUUUGAACAACAACAAAAAAAAAAAAAAAAUUUGUUUGCUGUUUUUAUAUUAUCACUUAUUGUUUUACUUAUUUGAGUAGACCAAGGAGAACAGUUAAAAGAUGAUAUGUCAUGUCAAAAAUGUCACAAAAGUGAUCAGCCUGAGUGGAUUUUAUUAUGUGAUACUUGUAACCAAGGAUGGCAUGCAUCUUGUCUACGUCCUGCUCUUUUGGUGAUCCCAGAUGGUGAUUGGUAUUGUCCACCUUGCAGACACGUAAGUAAAUUUAUAUUUAAUGCUAUUUUGUCAAUUGUACUAAUUAUUUUACAAUUACCUGUAACUCACUGUACAGGAAGCUCUGUUGAAUGGGUUAAAAGAGACUUUAAAGAAAUUUGAUGGAGAAUCAAAAAAACGUGAAAAUGAAGAAUUGAGACGUAAACGGUUGGCAUAUGUGGGAAUAAGUCUCCAAAAUGUUAUAUCUUCAAAAACUGAAGAGGGUAAAAUUGAAAAAAAACCUGUAGAACAUGAAUCAUCAGAAGAUGAAUCUUCAGAAUCUGAGUCUUAUGACUCAGAACCAUUGUACCAGUUAAGAGCACGGCGACAGGCUAAUGUUAGUUAUAGUUUUAAUGACUAUGAUGACAUGAUAAAUGAAGCAAUAUUAGUAAGAGCAAAAAAAAAAAAAAAAUAGUCUUAGAAUAAAUGUUAAAACAAUGCCUAUUUCAGGAGACUGGUGUUGAUGAAUCUGUAGUGAAGUCUGUUGAAGUAAAACCAGAUAAAAACGAUAAUGAUGAAAAGACAGAUUCUGAUAAUGAUGAUAAUACCAGAGAGGAUUCGCCAAUUGCACCAGCUCUAUUGCAUUUAAGGGGACGAAAAAAAUCAAAAAAGCUCACCAAUCUAGAUAUCAGUUCAGAUGAUGGAUCAGAUGAAGACUUCAAAGGACCUUCGUUAGUUUAAAAAUACAAUUUAAUUUUUGUUUUUAUAUAAUUUUUAAAAAAAAUGAUUCUUAUUUUUAGUGAUGGGGACGAUGACUAUGAGGAAGAAUUGAGUGAAUACAGUGAUGAUUCGGUUAAACGGCCACAGCCAACUAGACGAUCGGUACGGAACCGAAAAACUGUAGUAGAUCCUGACUUCAGUAAGUUACAACAUUUGUUAUUACUUUAAAACUUUUAAGGAUCAGUUAAAGUUGAAUUAAAUUUUAAAUUUUGUUCCCAAUCUAUAUCUUUUCUUAUUAUUGAAAUAUUUAAAAAUAUUAACUAACACUUUACAUUUAAGAAGACAUCAAACCGGCAUUUACUCGUACUGUUUAUCUACAGAGUGAUUUUUUUCAUCAUGAACCAGUAAUUUUAUAGAUUUUAUGUGAAUUUGAUUUCUGGUUUUUUUGAUCAUUAUAGAAUCAUUUAAGCUUUAUUUUAAAACCAUUUUUAGUUUUUACCCCUACUCCAAAUACCUUAUAUAGGUACAUACUUUUGAUUUUCAAAUAGGAACCCCCUCCAUUUGAUCACAGAUUUAAAUAGAGAAUAUUUUUCUAAUCAUUUUUAUAUGCAUAACACCUAGUAUCAAAAAAAAUAAAAACAGGUAUCAAAUUCACUUAAAAAUCUCAGAGAUAAUUGCUGGUUCAUAAUAAAAAAAAUCACCUUGUAUAUAGUGCAAUAGUCUAUUUUCCGGCAAAAUUUUACAAAAACAUAUCCUUCAUAAUAAUAUAUUGUACAAAGUAUUAUUAAUAUCAUUAAUAAUUUAUUUAUAGUUAAUGAUGAUUCAAGUGAAGAUAGUGACCACCGGUCUAAAAAAUCAAAAAAUUCUAAAAAAAGAUCAAGACCAUGGUCAGACUCUUCAAAUAGUGAAGAAGAUGACUCCACAUGGGGAAAAAAGAAAAAGAAACGUACAAACAUACCUUCAUCAUCAUUGUCCUUGAAAUAUCCUAAGAAUUCAAAAAGAAAACAAAGUGAAAAUGACAGUUUCCAAAAACCUAAAAAGUCUAAGGUAUAUAAUAUAUAAUAUUACAGAUAUUAAUAUAUUAAAUUAAGUUAGUGUUACUUUCUUCUUCUUAACUCUUUAUCUUUCUAAAAGUUAAUGUUUCUUUCUUAAUGUUAUUGUUCAAUACAUGAACAUAUCAGGGUGAUUCACUCAACUGGAAACACUCAUUAUCUCGGAAAGUAUUAACUUUUUUAGAAAUUUUUUUGUUUUGAAAACUUAAGAAUCAAAUAGUUCUAAAACCUUACGUUAUCAUUUUUUUUUAUAUCCCUUAUUUUUGGGGGUAAAAUACUACUUUUGAUUUUUAAAUAGACACCUAUUUUUAAAAUGCGUUUAUUCAAAAUAGAUGGAGUAUUAUUUAAAAUACUUUUUGAUGUUGAAAUUUUUGAUUUCCGUCAACCCGUUGACAAGGUAUUCCACUUUUAAGUUUGGGUUGGAAGAGAGUAGUGGAGUAUCAUUUGUGUGAUGGUACGGUGCGCGGGGUAUUAAUAGUAAUACAGUGAUUAUCAUAGUAACAUUUAUACGGUAAUUACCGUAAAUAUCAAAAAUAUAUUACUACCAAUGGUAAUAAAUACCAGUAUGUUUUAUUACCUGUAGUUCCAACUGUUAGUAUUUUCUAUUUACUGUAAAUACCAUCAGCUCUUUCUUUCUUCUAGGUUUAGUAUCCUUAAGUUUUGGCUUAACGCGUUGAACUAUCACUUCCUUGGUCAAUCCCAUAGUCUUUUUUCACCUGGUUGAUAUUCUAUAGCUGCUCUAAUAGUGUGUCUGAAUCAUUGUAGUCAUUGUGCUUAAAGAAAAUUGGUUAUUUUGGGGCUGUAGACUUGUUCAGAUUUCAGCGUUUGUCCUUUUUGGCCAGCACUCCAAAUUGGUGUUGUAUACUGCACCGCAGAUCUUUGUUAAUAUUUUAUUUUUAAAAAUAUUACCCUUUUCUCCAUGUUAUCAUACACAUCUCACAUCCAUAUGUCAGCGUCGGCCUGACUGCAGUCAUAUACAGCUUUAUCUUAAUUUUUCUCUAGAAGAACUUGCAUUUCAAAAAUUGUAAUUAUGCAUAAUAAGCUUUCUCUGCUUAGGUGAUUUUACUAUUUCGGCACUCCAGUCAUUAUUUCCCUUGGCGGUGGUUCCAAGAUAUUUAAACUGGUCUAAUUUUUCAAAAACCAUUCAUUCCACUGUAAAGACUUUGUGGUUGUUUCUCAAUAACUCCAUUAAUUUUGUUUUUUCUUUAUUUUUCAAUUGUUGAUUUGCCUUUAUGAAAACUACAUUGGUAUUCUCCGAUACACUUCUCUGUUAUGUAUUGCAAUCGUUUUAACAAUGUUCUCAAAAACACCUUGUAUACUGUAUUUAGCAGUGCAAAGUCUUUGUAGUUGUUAUAAUCUAACUUGACUCUUUUCUUGCAUAAUGGAAUAAUGAUGGCUUUUUUCCAGUCCUCUGGAAGCUUUUCGGUUCAUUUUUGGAGUUCCAUCAGUUUUGUUAUUUUCACCAAGCUCUGGGUUCUCUGAUAUCUUCACAUUAGGCAGUUUUCGGAAGUACCCAUGCACCUACCUAUUUUUUUACUGCUAUUAAUAUCCUUGUUUCUUAAUUUUUGUAAAAAAUUUCACUCCCUACCCUAGCAUAAUCAUGUUCUUUACUACACAGUAAAUCGUUUAUAUACUUUCUUUUUUUUCUCUGUAAAGUCCUUUUAAGUCCUGCAUUCUAGUUCAAAGAGUUUUGCUUCUGGGGUGUUGGAUUUAAGAUAGAUUUAGCAAACAUCCCUCCUUAUGCACUUCUAUACUCUGCAUUAAACCAUUUUCUUGUUUGGUAUUAUGAUACACUCGAUGUAUUUUUUGUUGCUUUAAUAAUUAUUUCCCUAUUUGGCUCCCAAUGACAUUCAACACAUGAUUUGCAUGUAUUUAGUUCUUCGUCUAUUUUUUUAGUGCAGUUCUUCCUUCUGUUUCAUGUGUUAACUGUUUUAUAUUGAACUUCUGCAUUCUGUAAUAUUACAUACAUAUAUGUAGAUAUAGUUAGUGUUACUUUAUGGAUGAUUAUAUAAUAAAACUUAUUAUUUUAUUUUUGUUUAUUUUUGUUUAUUGUUUUAUUUGUUUCAGAUCAAGUAUGGCAUGGAUUCUGAUUCAGGUUCAGGUGGACUAACCAAAAGAAGAACUAGAGGACGACAAAUCACUUAUGCUGAAUCUGAUGAUUCUGAAGAGGUAAAAUUAUUUUAUGACUUUAGAAAAACAUAUAGAGUAUGAUAAAACUAAUGUAAACAAUUUUUUCUUUAGGAAAUUCAACCAAAAAAACGUAAAAUAGUUAGUGAUGAAGAAGAUGAAUAUGUUUUGAAUGAUGAAGAGCUGGAAGCUGAGAACGAAGACCACAAUAUGGAGAUUGAUGAUGGAGAUACUGUAGCUAGUAAUGAGUUAAAGGAUGAGGAAGAAGAAGAAGAAGAAGAAGAAGAAGUAGAUGAUGAAGUGAUUGAAGACGAAGAUGAUGAAGAGGAAAAUGACAAUGACGAGAAACCGUCUUUGGUGCCACCACAACACACAGCUGAAAAGUCACCAUCAUUAGAUGUCCAAUCAGUUAUCACAGAAUCUCCGGCUCCAACAGUGCUGGUGCCUUUAGAAGGUUCUAUAGCAUCUGAUUAUAAUUUACAUCACCCUGCACACCAACGAUUGUUGCCCUCAACCGACAACAUUAAAGUGGAGUCACCACGAUUUUCAUUAGUUGGAACACCAGAAAAGCGAAAAAGGCCUCCACAUCAACUGAAGAAACUUCCAUCCCCAAAUCCUCAUUCAGAUUAUAGUGAUAGUGGUAGUGGUUAUCCUUAUAUUCCAGAUGCAACUAAAGUGGUGUCGUCCUCAAUCUCUUCUAUACAAAUUGGGUAUAGUGGACCCCCUCUUCAAGAAAGUUCAGCUUCUGUGGCAACCUCAGUCUCGGGUGGAUUCAAGUCAAUGACUGCGGUGCCACUACCUCCUGGUGGUUUUCCAAUUACUUCUCCUGCACCAUACCGAUCUGCUAAUAAAGUCACUGCAGAAUCAGUUGCAGUGUCUACAUCACAAUCACCUACAUACCUAUCACCUCAAGUACAACAAGUGUAUCAGACACCGCCACCAGCCAAUUAUUCACCAUAUCCUAUUGAUUAUGCAACAACUACUGCACCAUUGCCACCACCUCCUUCAACGGUUGCGUUUCGAAAUGUGGCUGCUGCACCACCUUCGUCUCAAGAACAUCCGCUGCUGCAUACUACACAGCAAUCUGCUGGAGUAACUGCAGGUGGAGACAGUGAAUUUGGUGGCCUUGUUUCAUACUUUUCCAGUCAACAAGAGGAUGAUUUUGACACAUGAUCUCUCUACGGUCUUCACCAUUGCCUUCAUAUUAUUUUAUAAAUCCCUUUUUGGAGCUCUUGUUUGUUCCAGCCCAUUAUUUUCAUCACAAAUUUCAAUUUAUUAUUUUAAAUAGCCAACUAGUUCCCUGUUAUUAUACUUGUUUUUUUUUUUUUUAAAUUUAUACUUCCCAAUGAAAAGUGAUUUAGAUGGAAUACUAGUUAUAAAUAUAAUUGAGCAUUAAUUGAAUAAUUGAAAAAAUAAAUAGCUAUGAAAUAACUUUGUCUGGAAUGGUUGUGUUUUAUGUACAACCAGUUUUGGUUGUAAUUAAAGUAUUAAAAAUUCUAUAUAAGCUAGCCUUUAAAGGUUGAAUUUCGGAAACUCGGCAUUCUGGUGGCUCAUUGACUUAUUCGUCCAUCAUGUAUACAUUUACAGACUUCUGUGAGUAAUAGAUUUAGCUGUAGAUUAUGUACACAUAGACACUUACUUUUAUUAUUUUAGAUACCUGAAUUUUUUUUUUAUAUUCAGUCGUGUAAAUAUUUUUACUUUUUUACUGAUGAUUUUUAAAAUUGAAACUGGUCGUAAAUAAAACACAACUCAUAAUAUUUCAGGUCGUUUUUUUUAAAAAUAUAAUAAAGUAAAAUUAAAAUGGUUAAUACUUGUAAAUAAAUGAAGUAAAUAAAUAUAGUAAAUAAAUAUAUUAAUAACUAUAAUACACUUAUCAUAAUACUCCAGGCGACGUAUUGAUUCAUUUAUUUAUUUUAUUUUUAUAUAUACAUUUUUUAUUUAUAUAUUAAUUUACUAUAUUUAUUUAUUUUAUAUAUUAUAUAUUUUAAAUAUUUAUUUUAAUAAAAAUGCAUUGACAUUUAUGUUGAAAUAAUUUGUUCAUACUAUAUAUUUUUUGAAAAAUUUAAAUUCUUAUCAUUGUUAUACAAUAAGAUAAUUGCAUUGUGCUGCUAAAAGAGACCUUAUUUAUUUAUGGUUUUGAGUGUUGGUUGAAAUUUUUUUUUUACAAUGCCUUCAUUUUUAUAUUUAAAACAAAAUGUAUUUAUCAUCGGACUAUUUAUAGGCUCCUAGCCAAAUAUUUUUAUUAUUUUUUUUUUUUACUUCUUCUUUUCUCCUUAACUCCAAUAAAAACUUAAUUUUUGCUAAUAAACCAGCAGAAAAAAAAAAUUGCUUAUGUGUAAUAUUUAUAUGUACAAAUUAAUAUUUUAAAAUACAUUUGAUAUGUAAAUUAUGUGUAGUAUUGUAUUAUUAAUUUAUAUUUUGAUUGAGUUUUAUGUUUUUGAAUACACAAUAUUUAUGUUAUUUUUUUUAUGAUUAUUGUACUUUCAUAAUAUUAAUAAAUUAUAGAUUAUUAUUUAUUUAGUAUAUUAUAUUAUAAUGUAUUUAUUAAAUACAAAACAUUUAAUAAUAUUUACAUAGCGUUUUGAAUGAACAAAAUAUUAAUAUAACAUUUAAGUUUUAGUUUUGUAUAAAAUUAUAUUAAUUACUAAGAAAUUUGAGAGCUGUACUUGAAAACCAUAAAUAUUUUAUUUGUAAGUAGGAAUUAUAUAUAUAAAAUCUAG